UGGGCGGCAUCUACACAGAAACGGUGUGGGAAUUAUGUGCCGCUCUGACAAUCUCUGCGUCAAAAAUAGAGAAUCAAACGAAACACGGCAGCAUUUCUCGACUGUGAUAGGCUGAGCUUGGUGAAGUAGGCGGGCUGAUUUUCUGCUGUCAGUGAAGUGCUCUGUAAGAGAAGGUAGAACAGACUUCGAUCAGCGACAUUCACGACAACAAUUAACAAACGGAUAAAAAAAAAAGAGAAAACAUAGGGAUAAUGGACCUAAGCUUGCAUGACACUCUCACGGAUGGGGCGCCUAAGUCAGGACCGGACAGCCUGGUGAGGAGGGACUUCAUGGCCUCCCUUGAGAAAGAAACUUUUGAUGACAAAGUGGGCGAGACUGUAGGAAAGACUGACUACCGCCCUCUGCUGGAUGGAAAGGAUGGGAAAGGAUCCAGUAUGAUGCCAGGAGGACAGAUGGGGACGAGGAUGCAGUGGGAGGAACCAAUGGGAGAAAAGCAUCCCUGUCCAACUGGACAACAGUCUGCCGUCAAUUCUGACUACCUUUCAGGUCCAGUGUCUAGUAUGAUGGGGAUACCUGGUGAUCAGUGGGGGAACCAGAACAAAGGAAUGAAGGACAGCAACAUACCAGAUUCUCUCAUGGGUUUCUCCCAGCCAGGGAUGAUGAAUAUGAACAUGGGUUCAGGAGGUAUGGGGGGCAUGGCUCCAUUCCAGACAGGCAUGCCUCCUAUGGGCAACUCUCAGAAAGCCUCUCCUCUGUUUGCCUCUGAGCCCCACAAACAGUCCCAGUCCCAGUCCCAGGCCCCCUUUAAGCCCAACGACUCAUACCCCUCUGCCCCGGGCCACAACACCCAGUCCCAGGACAACUCUGCAGUUUGGACAAACCCAAACCCCUUGGCAGAUGGUGAGUCCGGGCUGCAAGCCUCAGAGGGUCUCAGCCUCUCCCCCAGCGAUUCAGUGGAGGAGAGCCCCAACUCCGACCCCCUCAGCCCCCACGGCCAGGAGACUGGCUCUGGGGACGAGAGGGGGACCGAGGGGGUCGACAGCGGCAGCAUGCAGCAGAAGAGGAAGAAGAAGAAAAGGAGGCCCAGAGAGGAGGUGUAUGACUUCAUGGACAGGGAAGAGGCUCCGGACUCCUCGAAGGAGGAGGUGGGCGAGACAGAGAGCGGAGCCUCGGACUGCCCGCUGAGUCUGUCCUCCCCGAGCAAGGAGGAGAGCUGGGAGUGUGAGAUCCGAGGGAGGGGAGGGGGUAGGGUCAGGGGCAGGAAGAAUAAGAGCAGGAUGAAGCUGCCAGAGGAGUGGGGGCCAACACCCCAGGAGCCCACGACACCCCAUGCCACCCCAGCCUCGGUGUCUGCAAUGGUGAUGGCCUCCGGUCCGUUAAGCUCAACCCUAGAGAACAUCUCCUCCCUCAUAGCCGACCCCCAGACUAACCCCUUUAGCAGUUUUAUAGAGGACACCAAACCCUCUCACACCUCCACUUCGCCACCACUCACUGAGAACCCCAAACCAAGUCACAUCCUCAACAAGGACCCUGCCUUAACAGACACUUCCACUAGUAACUUGAACAUGUUUGAGCAACCUUCUCCAGCCAAGGUAAACAUGGAGUGGGAGGCUGAGGCUCCUGUUAAAAACACUGCCUCUGCUCCCCUCCAUUAUGAACCCAUGUGUAUUGAUGACUUCAAAAUGCCCCCUCCCUUAGCCACUAAAGAUGUCCUACCCCCCAAGAAGGAGGAGGCAGCUCUGUCCUUCACUGACAAAGCCUCCUCUGAUCAUUGUCGUCGUGAGGCCAACGCAUCUAUUACUGACCAGAGGCAACUGGGUCCUAAGAGCUCCCCAGGCUUCAGCCCCCAGGUCUCACAGACCUCUUUCCUAGACUCUGUCCUGCAGACCCCCUCAGCCAGCACCCCUGCUUCACAGCCACAGGCCCAGUCUCAGACCACCACACCCCAGGGCCUUCCUCCAAACACCACCACCUCCUCCUCUUUCCAGUGCACUUCUCCUCCACUGCUUAGCCACUCCUCCCAGCCUGAUCAUGACACUCACAGUCCCCGCCCUGCAGUGUGCUCAGGCCUCAACCCUGCAGCCCCGCCCUUUAUCCCCACUACACUGCCACUCACAGAGCACCAGGAGCCACCGCUGCCAGAGCCCCCCCUGCUGGAAGUGAAAGCAGAAAAUAAGGACAAACAAGAGAAGGCUGAUUUCUUCCCCAAGAUGGAUAACUUGAACAUGUUUGAUAAGACCGAGAAGUCGGACAAGAUGGAGAAUAAAGAGAAAAAAGAUCAAUCUAAGAAAGUCAAUGCUGACAAGACAAACAAAUCUGAGAUCCUCAAAGAUGAAGAGAAGAUUGACAAGACAGAGAAAAAUGUUAAAAAUGAAAAAGUGGACAAGCCAGAGAAGACCAACAAAGAUGAAAAGAUGGAGAAGAAAGAAAAUGGAGAGAAAACGGACAAGAUGGUUAAAGUUGAGAAGAAUGAAAAGGCUGGGAAAGGUACUGCAAAGUCCCCAACAACCAUCAGAAGCAAGCAGGACCUCACCAGCCCAGACAGUAAGGCCAAGCCUGCUGUUGGGUCAACCAAACCAAACUCUUUCAAAACACGGCCCACCUCUCUGUCCACUGGGGAUGCAGCUGCCCCCCUAAAACGUUCCGCCCCCACCUCCAGCUCUGCCAAUAAAAAAAGUAAUGUUACCAAGGCAACCACUCCCACUGCUGGCACCAAGCGGCCAUCUGUCGCUCCCAGUCAAACCCCUACAGCAUCCAAGUCCAAGACUCCGGAAAACGGCACUUCUGACAGACGUCCUCCUGUGCCAAAGGCCAACGGCACGGCCAAUAAGGACAGUUCCUCUACUACCACCACUACUAAACCUGCUGGGCCACGCCCCUCUGCUAAUGUCCCUUCUCUGCGCCGCAACACAGUUCCCAAGACUGAUAUCAAGCCAGGUGACUUGAAGAAGCCUACUACGCUGAAGACAACACCAGCCAAGCCCAGGGUACCUCACACUUCUGCUACUGCUCCAAGCACACCUGCAACCAACGGGGAGCAACCUCGCAGACGCAUCACCAAACCCCCGGUGCCCAAGCAGACGGCUAUGGAGAGGAAGCCAGCUGUACCCAGAGCUCCUAGGACUCCCAGGCCCAUUAACGCACCCUUGCCAGACCUGAAGAAUGUGCGCUCCAAGAUCGGCUCCACAGACAACAUGAAGUAUCAGUCUACCGGUGGCAAGGUCUCCUCGGCGGGGGGUUCCCAAUCCAAAGACGGCCAGGGCAAGGUUAUGAUAGUCCACAAAAAACUGGACUUCAGCCAUAUCACCUCCCGCUGUGGCUCCAAGGAUAAUAUCAAGCAUGUCCCUGGUGGAGGGAAUGUCCAGAUUCAGCAUAAGAAGGUGGACUUGAGCAAAGUGACCUCCAAGUGUGGCUCUAAGGACAACAUCAAGCACAAGCCAGGUGUGUCCACUACAGGGGGUGGAGAUGUGAAGAUUGAGGCUAAGGCCAAUGGUAAUGGCAAGCCCAAGGUGGGGUCAAUGGACAAUAUUGGCCUUGAGGCAGAGGAUGUACAAAACAAGGCUGGGGGGAUGCAGGAGAAAGCUGAGGGGAAAACAUCUCCCCCUGGUGGAGCUCCAGCCACAGGUGCAAGAAGUAUGGCUAAGGAGAACGGACAUAAGGAGGCCACACCUCACCCUAAUCCCUUUGGGGGUGAUGGGCUGCGAGACCCGAUAGGCAUGGGCAUGGACAAACGCAUCCCUGAGACAACAGAUUGAGUCUUACAAGCUGAGCUUUCGCAAGCGUGCACGGGCUCGCACGAACCACGGCGCCGACAUCAUCUCCCGGCCCACCCCGAUUGGCAGCCACCCCUCACCCUCAUCGCAGCACCUCUCUCAGUGUUUCUCUGGGUGUCCGCCAGCUUUCUCCUCCACACCCUCCAGCUCCAACCCAGACCCUCGUCACCCAGACAUGAGGCAGGGGGACAACUACUGAAUGCUAGCAGGACAGGGACUUCUUUAGCACAUUUCAACUUCCUCCAGCACCUUCAUUUGACCUUUUACCUCUUCUUUUACCAUACUGUAUCUAAUCACUACUCUCUGUCCUUAUGGAAUAUCUUUCCUAGUCUUCUGGUCUCAGAGGAGCCAGUAUUAAAGUAUAGAGACCAGAGUUCAGAUAGAUAGACAAGCUCUUACUGUACAGUGGGGUUUGGUCUCUUCUGAAUUGCCCUGGGUUAACUUGCUGUGAUAUAAGGGGAGUAGUAUGACCUCAGAGUGAACCUUCUAUUAUCUAGACCCUCAGUGUUCUGUUAUAGUUAUGUCAGCGCAGAAUGAAAUGUAUUAUACUGCCUGCUUCUUUUGUUCCAGCCUAUAAUUUCUGUUCUUAUACGUAGUGCCACCUCCAUUAAAAUCACAAACACCUUCAGUGUCACACUGUACAUUUGUACGCAUUUUACGUCAGACCAUCACAAUGAGCCAAUGCUAUCUAUGUGACAGGCCUUACCCUAGACGUAACACCUUCCUUACUGUUCCUAUCUCUCUGGAUGAGCAUAACUCCCCUUGUACUGUUGGGACCCCAGAUUUCACUUGAGUUGUAUACAGUACAUUAUACAAUGGCGAUUAGUGAAGCACCCCUUAUUGUGAGCGUGUGGGAUUGUCAUGUCAUCCCAAUGAACAGGGGCUAAUAUGCCACUCCCUCUCUUAACCAAUACAGUAUGUCUAGAUAACCCUUUGUAAUCGUGUGAUUCCCCCACAGCACUCUCAACAACAAGAUACUAGUAGGCUGUUACAAACAGUAGGAUAUUUAACAUCUCUUUAAAAAACUCUGUAUCGUGUUUUCGUAAAUUAUUGUAACAAUGAGCUGAUGUGUUGUUAUGUGGUUUCAUCAUAAUAUACCCUUUUCCUUUUACUGUUACAUCUCUCUGAAAGCAAUACAGUGAGUGGUUUUUGCCGAGGACACAACUUCCUCAUACACACACAUCCCCGCACAUGUGUACAGUACGGUACAGUCAGAGGGAGAGAGAGACAAACAAACCCCUGCAGGGUCUGUGCACAGAGACGGGAUGCCUGGGACAGGGCAAAAUAGUAAGCAAGAGGCAGCAAACAGAGUGAGGAAAGGCCUAUGAUUGCACCAGGAGAGUAAAGAUACUCCAAUGCUGUUUGUGUUGUCCCCCAGUGAUCAAGUCUCUGUAGUGUUGGGACAGGGAAGACGAAUAGAAAGACGUUUUGUAGGAAAGCAAGAUUUAGAUAGAUACAUUUAACAAUAUAAUCACAAUUUUAAGUCAGUAUCAAGAGAAGUUUGUGACGAACAAAGACAGUCAUAAAUUGAUCUCCAAUGUAACAAUUGUAUUUUUUCAGUCUUCUCAACUACUCCACUGUUAAAUAUGAAUUCAUUUGAAUGGCUGCUUAUGCUAUUGGUUCCACUGUGAUAAGUGACAUUAUUGUGUAACAAUAGCACACAAUUUCUUAUUGGAGCAGUUUUCUUUCUUUUUUUUUAACAAAGAAGUUAAUUACUCAGAUUAACUUGCUGUCGGUUUUGUAAAGAGGUUGGCGGAAUUGUAUAACAUUACAUGACUAUGAAUUAGGAUUCAGUGUGUGUGUGUGUGUGUGUGUGUGUGUGUGUGUGUGUGUGUGUGUGUGUGUGUGUGUGUGUGUGUGUGUGUGUGUGUAGUAUGUUGUGAUCAACAUUUAGGCAUGUCUGUGGAGUUUGUCAGAUUAGUGGUAUGUUGCUGGAUCAAGUUCGAGGGCACCCCAUUGCCUUUAAAAUACUGGUAGUUUGGCUCUUAGAGUACAGAAAUGGCACCUCCAACAAAAGGGAUAAGGACCCCAGAUAUUAAUGUGUACUUGUGCCUUGUAGAUUCUCAAGGCUGAACCACAGAUAGAACCAGAUCUCUCACAGGAUGUCUAAAUCUGAAGCAUCCCUUUAUAGCUUCUUCUCACCACCAGACAUGGUGAUGAGAGGAAGCCCAGUGGCGGGAAGUGGGAGAACAUGGAGCGAGAUGAAACAUGCUAAUUUUCUCAGAGAUGAAACAUUCAAUCUCAAUACAGUUUUCUGUUCCCAAAACUAACAUCUGUUAAGAACAGAGUACACUAAGUUUUUGAGACUUCACCCUUUCUAAAAUAAAUGGCAUUGCUUAGAAGGAUUACAAGGGCAAAUUCAGUAAUUGCACAAUCGCAACUUCAGAGAGUAGGAGUUCUCCAGCGGAAAUAUGCAAAUACAUGCUAGAACGGGCCAAUAGGAUCUCGCUAGUUCGUGCUUAGCUUUGCCCAGCUCUUUGCUUGUUCUGCUCAAUAUGCUUCUUUUGCUCCCAUUGGAAACAACAUCGGUGGUAUAUCUUGGGUUAGUACAAAUCUGUGGCUGAACUGUAACAGGUGUAUAGUUCCCCAAAAAAUGAUCUUUAUGUCCCACCCUCAAAUGAUAUAAUGCUGCUGGAUGUCGGUAAGGUGUCAUUUGAAUUUAUUUGAGUGUGUGCACUGCAGUGGAGGAAAUCAUAGGGAUCGUCAAUGGCAGAGAUAAUCAAAGAGCAAGUUAUCAAAAUAUCGAGAAUGAAAGAAAAAGCACCUUAUGAUAUUUAAGUAUUCUUUCCCCCCAAGAUUCCCAUGGUUAGUUGAAAAACUGGAAUGAAUUGAAUUCUUCCUGAAGCAUAAGUCUUACACUGAUGAAAGCACUUUGAAUGCACAGUGGUAUGUAUAUUUUAUGUUUGAGCUCUACAGUAUGUUAGAACUGUUGGCAUGAUUGGAUGAACAGAUUUGUCUUUUAGUCUCCUUGGCGGUGGUCACGUUAGUGGACUUUGGUGUCGUGCUUUGGGACGAUGGUCACUCGCUCUGUCUGUUCUCCUUGUGCCUGUUAGACGUCACGUUUGUUAACACUCCCCUUUCCAACGCGUAACCACUGCUUGCAACACCAUCCUUCCAUCAGUCUUCACACAGUCGUUUGUAAAUAGACAUCCACAUGUUUUUAUCACCACAGGAAAAACAAAUAGGUAUUGAUAUUAGGGUCUUUAUGGAUGUUGACAAAUGUAUUUCACAUCCAUGAACCCAUUUUCAAAGAGAGUGUUUUCUUUCUGGAGUCUGCCUUUUUCAGAAAGGGCUGAAGUACAAGAAUGUUUUUAAAAUGCAAUGUAUUAAAGAUGCAAGACAUGAAUAUCAUAUGUAUGAACUUUUUGUUUUGUUUUCAAAAUCACAAUAGGACACGUACUAAGGCCUAGAUUCAAUCAGAUCAAGCGUUAACCAGCGAUAGCAGACACCUGCAUAGUGAAUGUUUUGGUGGUGUCGGAGAAGGAAACUGCGUUGGAGCUGUCAAGUUAUUAAGCAGCUGCUCUUGCAAUCAUCAGGAAGCCACCCCCUCCCUCACUCGCAUUAGAAGUUCAGAGUGAGAAUAUGUACACUAUAUAUAUAUAUAGAAUUACACUCAAAUAAAAAAAUCAUUCAACAAAAUGAGGAUUUCCACCAUCAUCACAUUCCAGUGUUUGAAGUUGUAAACAAGGCUGCAUGGCUGCAUAAUAAUUUGACUGUGCAGCCAAUGGCAAUGUCCACCUUAGGUAUAAGAGAGCCACUUGUGGAUUUGACAGCUCUAACACAGUUCCACCUCAGACACUAUGCGGAUGUCGGCUAAAGCACCUCUGAUUGAAUAGAGCCCUAAAUCUACAUUUGACUUGACAGUAGGAAUGGGGGUUAGCAUCUCAAUGGUUGGUCAAGGUAGAGGAAUAAAUUAACACUUUUAUCUGCCUCGUACACUUGGGCCUGUACUCACUAUAUGUUAGAAAUUUACAUGGAAUAAAGAAUAAUCCGGUUUCAUGCUUAUUCUUCCAAAUGUUUUGUGUCACUGGUGAGCUGACCGAGUGCCCAACUUUAAUCAGGAACCAGGCAUUGUGAGGAUAGGUUGAAGGCCAAAUGCAGCACCUGACACACACAGCCCUUGAAUGUCAUCCAGACAUCCCUCCCACAUCCCCCAUGUGAGACUAACAGUAACUGUCUUUUGGCAUGUGUUAUGUAGUGUGCUUCUGUAAAGCAUCAAGGAGCCCAUAGCUGUGCUUCGUCUUAGAGCACACCUGUAGUGUGUAUUAUACUCCAGUGCACACCAUAAGAGCAUGCAGAAGACAAUGGAUUGUAGACAUCUGUCAUAGAUAGGAGUUCAUUGUUUCCCCUUCGAUUUGAGAUGUAAUUUGGUAUGAAAGAGAUGUUCAUUGUGAUUAAUUGUUAUCUAGUGAUGUGAAUAUUAAUCAUGAAAUUAAAGACAAGCAAACGUU